GUCACGACUUUCCGACGCACGUUGCUAGUUAGUUGUUUGGACAUUAGCAGUUAGCACUGCAUCCAACACAUCUUCACAUGGCGAAUGGAUGUAAAGACGUGCUGUUCACACGUGGAACUGGGCAGAGUGAUGAUUCGGAUAUAUGGGAUGACACAGCACUGAUAAAGGCUUAUGACAAGGCAGUCACAUCGUUCAAGACUGCCCUGAAGGGAGAAGAUGAUCAGCAACAGUCCAAGCAACAUCAACCAGGAAAAAAACGCAAAAACAACAAAAAGAACCAGAGCAGCAAAAGAACCAACUCACCACCAGAUAAAGAGUGGCAGGUGGGGGACUCGUGCACUGCGUACUGGUCAGAGGAUGGCCAGCUCUAUCCAGCCACCAUCUCCUCCAUUGACGAGAAUAGAGGAACGUGCGUAGUUGUUUAUACCGGUUAUGGCAACGAGGAGGAGCAGAACCUGGAGGAUCUGCUGGCAGAGAUCUCUGAGGGUGAUGAGGAAUCAAAUACCAAGGCAAAAGAAGGAGAAUCAUCAACAGAGGAGAGUGACAGAUCAACCACACCAAACCAACACAGACAUCAGGCACACAGUAAAGGCCAAAAACCCAAGACUCCCAGAGAACCACCUCCUAUGUGGGCUUCUGGUUUCCCUGGGUUUCCACCAGGCCCACCUCCAAUGCACGCUUUCAGACAGGGGGGAAGCAGACGAUCUGGUGGCCAUGGACCUGUACCUCCUUCCUGGCCUCCCAUGAUGCCUUUUGGACCACCAAUGAUCCCUCCACCUCCACCAAUGAGCCCUGACAUGGUGGAUGACGAAGCCUUGGGCAGCGUGCUCAUCUCCUGGUACAUGAGUGGAUACCACACAGGAUACUACCUGGGGUUAAAACAAGGACGCAAAGAAGCUGCCAAUUGGACAAAACUGCAUCACAAAUGAAAGGAUUAUUGAGAUUCUCGUGGCCUCACAUGGAACAGCAGCCAGUUGUGUCUGAUGUGUGUUUUUCUUGUUUCUACCUGUUCAUGUCACUUCAUGGAUUUUCUAUUGGUUGUAAAUAGAUUAAAUAAAGGCUAUCAGAUCAGA